AUGAAAAAAGUUUUACAGAAGGUUUUAAAGGUUUUUCAUGGUUCUUGUGAAAAGGACAAAUUAGUCAAAAUGUCCACGAGUUCGAAGCACUUUGGACUGAAAUACAAAGAAGAAUUGUACAUCUUUAAAGAACUUGAGAAGGUUCGCCGGGAGACUAAAAAGGAUUUUCUCCUAUUCAAGCAGAAGUUGGCCUCCAAGCCGGCUGUAGAUGAAGUCCCAGUCUUCCGACUGCAGGCCCCUGGCCCUGCCGGGCCUGGGGAGGACCGAGACGUUUCCUGCGCUGGACCCCAGACGCCAUCAGGGACCCCUCGGGCUAUAGGCCCUGCGACCGCCGCUGCGGGCCUGCUGCAGCAGGCGCCCCAAGUCGCAACGCGCUCCUCGGGCCCGAGAGAGGGGGCCGCUCCCGGGAAGACGCGGCCGUUCCGCCCCCAGGACUUCUACUUGAGGAGCUCCGCGUUCCUCCGGCACCGGCCCCACAAGAAGCCGCCCGUCAUUGCCACCAGGGCAGGCACGUCCAGACCCGUGGUCCUGAGGCCGCCGCCUGCACCGAGGGAGAAGCCCGGGGCGCUCUGGGGUCGGUGGAGCCCGCGACCCCUGGGCCUCAAGCGCGCCCUCGAACCGGCCCCGGCCCCGGCCCGCGGCCGCGACGCGCAGCCGGAGCCGACUCGGCCCGCAGAGACCCUCAAGGCCAGGGAGGGGAAGGGCAGCUCCGUCUCCAGCGAAGACGGCGAAGCGGAGGCGGCCCUCCUGCGGAGGAGAGUGAGGAUUCGCACCCACUUUCUGCGGGAGGGCGCGGCCAGCGAGCCUCGGGAAAUGGGGUCGUUUUCCAAAGCCGACCGGGAGAUGGUCCAGCCGAGCGACGGGCGCGAGGCCGCCUGGCAGGCCUCGCCGCCUGUGCGAAUGAUCCCGAAGUCCAUCGAGGAGAUCAUCGCCUCGCUGCAGUCCGAGGCCCAGCUGGCCUCCGACCAGACUAUAAAAGAGCUCAUACAGAGUGUCCUCGGCCAGAACUACGACAUUAAGAUGGAAGUAGGUGAACCAGGAGAGUUACAGUUCUCCUGGGUAACUGCAACAUUAGUGUACAUACAUGAAAUAUUUCAGUGCAUACGGAGUAAUGUGUUAGAGGAACUUCCUGAAAAUAUAACAAGUAUUUUCCAGAUUGAACAAGAGGAUAUGUUAGAAUGGACACCCUCAGAAGCAGAAAAUAUGGUAUUUACACCUCAAGAAACUUUGGAAAUUCAGCCAGCAGAUGAAUCAAGUAAACCUUUGGAAGAUGAACAGCCCAAAAGUGAUAUGAAAGCAGCCAAACGGUUGUCUUUAAAGGUGAGAUCAUCAGAAUUGUUGCAAAUCAAAGGAAAAGAAGUUAAACGAACAAGAAAAAGUAAAUUAAGAACUCCACAGCAAAGAAAGCCUACAAAACCUCUGCAGGAUCAAAAACUACGUAAAAAAAAAAUCCCACAAGACGAUGCCACUUGUAACCUUCAUGAUCUGUGUACCACUGUCCCAGCCCAGAAGCUACCCAUUGACUUGUGCUUGGCUUCUCGAGUGUAUCAUACAGCCGACAAGAAAGGCCACAAUACCCUACUUGGAAUAUUUGGAGACGCUUUCUUAGAUGGUUACUUUACAGAUGAAGAUCAAAGAAAUAGAAUACUGCAAGGAAUUCCUGCUAUAGAUGACAAGCAAGCAUAUGUUCCAACACCAGAGAUACCACCUGAAUUGGCACAAGGAACUAGACAGCAUGCUCAGGAACCAUAUCUACAACUCCUGGGAGAGGAAGUGCCUGCUUAUCCAGGAUUUACAAAGUUAUUUUGGAACCUAACUUCACCCAAAUUCUCUGUUCCUGUAUCUGUCAUGAAGGAAACCCUAUAUCCAAAAUAUGAGAGUGUUCAAGCAAGCAGGAUUUUAAUUGAGAAAUUUUCAUCUGAAAGCAAGGAAAGCGUUAUUACUUUAAAUCAGCAUAGCAGAAGAGGUCUUAGGCUUUUUAAUCUAAAAAAAUCUUCAUCAUUUGAAAAUAUCCAAAAAAGUUUCAGCACACAAUCUCUGCAAUUAAAGAGAGUAAAAUCUGCAGUUGAGUUGAGGGAGGAGACCAUAGUUCCAUUAGAGAUUAAAGAUAACAUGCAAAACAAUAUAAAAGAGGUGAUGUUUCAAAAAGCAAAAGAAUUGGAGCGUCGUCAGAUGGUUGAGCUAAAUGAAACUGAAGAACCCAUCGUAAAAGAAAAUAUAGAUACCAUCUUAGAUACCAUUCAGGACAAUUACAGUGUGACAGAUCUGCCUGUCUCUCUCGUUGAAGCGUCUAAAAAAGCUGGCAUUAGUUACAUUGUGUAUCCCAAGAAAAAGAGAAUAAAAUGGAAGAAAGGAUGGAAACUCCGUAGAGUUACAAUGGUGUUGGAAGAGUUAUCCAAAUCUCCAAAAAUUCUUAAAAGAUCAAUGUCUCACGGAAUUCUUCCUGGACAGAAGAAAUAUUUUCUGAAAAUUCCAUUAUAUGAACGUCCAUUUCAGAGUCCCAGCUUACCAUCGUGUUUAAAUUUUGACAAAUUUGCCCAAAGUCGUGGAGGAAUUCCAGAAAAUACUGACCCUCAAACAUGGGUUGUUGAUCUAUUCUCUAAGCAUAAACCUCAGAAGACAACUGCAAGAGAGAAAGUUGUUAAAAUAUUUGUUCCGAAAGACUUGUCUGAAGAAGUGAAGGAACCACCAAAACUAGAACUGAGUGAUUCUUUGACGUCUAGUCUUCCUCCAGACGUCAUUAAACAUUAUGAAUCCGAAGUGAAGAUCUUGACUGAAGAAAUAAAUCAUAAAAAAAUAUAUCCUGCAUUUUUAUACUGUAGACGUGGAGCUAUUUAUAGGAAACUGGGAAAGUUACAGAGUGCCAUGAAUGAUCUACAGGAAGCUAUACUUUUGGAACCAUUGUUUCUCAAUGCCUAUUGGCACCGACAUCUCAUUUAUCUUUUCCAAGACAAAAUUAGUGAAGCUUUGGAUGACUUGAAUUAUAUAAAUAAAUAUAAUAAAAAUAAUGCAGAGGCAUAUUUGUCAAAGGCAGAAAUUUUCCGGAGAAAAAACGACAUUACUUUGGCUAUUCUAAACUAUACACAGGCAAUUAAAUGCAAGCCCAUGGAUGCUGAUAUGUAUUUCAGGAGGGGUGAGAUGUAUGAAAUAACUAACAAAGUACUGGCCAUUGAUGACUUUUCCAAAUGUAUUUUUUAUGAUCCCCAAAGAAUAGAUGCAUUAUUGAAACGUGGACUGUUUUUCUAUGAAAAUGAAAACUGGAAUGCAGCCAUACAGGAUUUUACAGCCUUGCUAAAUGUAGAUCCCCAAAAUUCUCAAGCAAGGACAUAUCGAGGAAGAGCAUAUUUUAAACGUUGCUUUUAUAAGCUAGCAACUCAAGAUUUUUCUAUUGCAAUUCACUUAGAUCCUAAUAACUGGUUAGCAUUGUAUUACAGAGGCUGCUUAUUCAGAAAGAGUAACCCUUUAAGAGCGCUACAGGAUUAUAGUGUUUCAGCUCUCAUAAAUGACGGCUAUGAGAAUCUUGGUUGUUUUCUACAUCGGGGCAUACUCUAUACAGAUCUAAAACUUUGGGUGCUGGCAAUCUGUGACUUCGAAACUGUUAUUUCUCUAGAAAGAACUGUUACUUUUGCCUAUAUAAACAUUGGCCUCAUAUACCUGCGGCACUUGGAUAACUACAUUGAAGCCACUUGGCAUUUUUCUGAGGCUAUUAGACUUGAUCCUUUAUAUAUUCGAAGCUAUAUUUGUCGAGCAGAAAUUUAUCAUAAGUUGCAUGAAUUGAAAAAGGCAGUAAGAGAAUUAUCUUAUGCUAUCCACCUUCAGCCAGAUGGAAUUCAAUUAUAUAUAAUAAGAGGACAAUAUCUUCUUAUGAUGAAAUGUUAUGAUCUUGCAAAGUUCACUAUUUAUCAAGUAGCAGAAAUGAACAAAGGUCACAUUGAGUUGAGUCCUAUACAGCAAGCACUCAUUUAUUCAUUUUGUGAAAACCAUGACAAGGCCAUUCAGGUCUUGGAUGGGAUUAUUUUGAAUAGGCCCGAGAUCACCACAUACACCCUAUUAGCAAAAUCCCAAAUGAAGGCCAAGAGAAGCAAGGAAGCUGUGAGAAUGUUUAAAAAGGCGUUGGAUAUCUUUUCUCAUUCCGAUAAAGGACCUAAUGCUGUAGCGGCUUCAGCUGAUUGUCUGUAUAACUUGGGUCUUUGUUACAUGGAUGAAGGCAACUUACAGAUGGCUUUUGAUUGCUUUACGAAAGCUGUGAAAGCAAAUCCUGAUUUGGCAGAAGGUUUUUAUCAACGUGGGCUUUGCAAAGUAAAACUCCGCAAGGAUAGCUCAAUCUUGGAUUUUAAUCGUGCAAUUACUCUUGAUCCAAAAUAUUAUGAGGCAUAUUUAAGCCGAGUAGCCUUCUAUGGUUUGAAAGGCAGAUACUCCAAAGCAAUCUUGAAUUGUAAUGAGGCCAUCAGAAUUUAUCCUCAGAGUGUGCGAGCUUAUAUUUACAGAGGAGUUCUGAAAUACUACAACAAGACUUAUAAGCUAGCCAUUACGGAUUUAACUACAGCUAUCAACAUGGACAAAAACAGCUAUGUAGCAUUCUAUAACAGAGCAUUAUGUUACACCAGGAUAGGUGAACUUCGAAUGGCAUUAACAGAUUAUGGAAUUGUGCUUCUUCUUGAUGCUGGAGAAACUGUGACAUUAAAUACCUUCAUUAAUCGUGGACUCAUCUAUGAAGAACUAGAGCAGUACAGUUUUGCAUUAGAGGAUUUUAAACAAGCUGCACUGAUAAGCAAGACUAAUGUGGGCCUUUGUCAAGCUACCGCCAUGUGCUAUUACAGGUAUGGAGAGUUUGAAGAAGCUGUCGAUUUCUUCACCUGGGCUAUUAAUAUUAAUCCAUGUUUUCUGGAUGCUUACGUUGGACGGGGAAAUUCUUACAUGGAAUAUGGUCACGAUGAAGCCACCAAGCAAGCACAGAAGGACUUUCUGAGAGCGUUGCAUUUUGAUCCAACAUAUAUAAAAGCAAGAAUUAGUUUAGGCUAUAAUCUGCAGGCCCAAGAAAAAUUCCAGAAAGCUUGGCACCACUUUACCAUUGCCAUAGAAGUUGAUCCAAAGAGCUAUCUAGCCUAUGAAGGAAGAGCUGUUGUCUGUCUUCAGAUGAGUGAUAAUUUUGCUGCAAUGCAAGAUAUUAAUACUGCCAUAAAGAUCAAUACUACAGCAGAGUUCUUAACAAAUCGUGGUGUGAUUCAUGAGUUUAUGGGUCAGCAACAGAAUGCAAUGAAAGACUAUCAAGCAGCAGUUUCUUUAAACCCCACAUAUUCACUCGCUUACUUUAAUGCGGGAAAUAUCUACCUUCACCACAGACAGUUUUCCCAGGCCAGUGACUACUUCUCAAAGGCUUUAAAAUUUGAUCCAGAAAAUAAAUGUGCUAUGAUGAAUCGAGCUAUCGCAAAUACAAUAUUAAAGAAGUAUGAAGAUGCAAGAGAAGAUUUUGCAAAUGUAGUUGAAAACUGUCCCUUUUGGGCUGCAGUAUAUUUUAACAGAGCACAGCUCUACUGUUGUUUAAAGCAAUAUGAACUCGCUGAGGAAGACCUAAGUAAAGCUCUGUCUUUGAAGCCUAAUGAUGCUCUAGUAUAUAAUCUUAGAGCAGAAGUUCGUGGUAAACUAGGUGUGAUUGAGGAAGCUAUGGCUGACUAUAACCAAGCACUUGAUCUUCAAGACCAUGUUCAGUGA